GGAUUUCUAUCAUUCUGUUUCACUCACUCUGCUCUGUGCAGACUGAUAUAGUAAAAGGUGAUCCGCCAUUUUGUAACGAAGAAUGUGUAAUAAUAAUUUUAGUGGGUGUCAUAGUUAGCGUUUGAAAGUUGCAAAAUGUAGUGAAGCUCCACAUAUCCUCUGGCCAGUUAUACUUGUUCCGAUCGAGCAGAAUAUGGAAUCGGUGAUAACCCAGGUGACGAAGGAGUCGGCGGACCAAACCAACGGGAACAAUAAGGCCUCGCUCCUCAGACGCAGGUUUAACUCUCCUCUCCCUCCCUCCACCUCAUCUUCCUCCUCCUCCGAACCUGGCAAUAACACCACUGCCAACAAUAAGGAACAGGGCCCCCCAGGACAGGAAUCCAACAGCCCCCCACCAAAGGCCACCCCAACCAAGUCCAAUUUCUUCACAAAGCUUUUCAAAUGUUGGUGCUGUGGGAGAACUCGACGGCGGAGUGAACGUUGUGGCGCAGUUUUGAAUGGUGGCGCAGAUGGUGAUCACGAUAAUGACCACAAUUCACGACAGUUAGCCGUCCCCACUUUGUAUAAUAAUGGGGCCGUUGGUGACAAUCAGUCUUCCUCUUCCAAUCACACGGACACCAUCCUUCAACAUAGUCCUCCACCAGGGGGUUACCUUCUUCCGCAGUUGCAUCUGGAUGACCUAACCAAACCGUGUAUGGUCAUCGAUUUAGAUGAAACUCUCGUUCAUUCUAGUUUUAAGCCCAUUGGUAACGCAGAUUUUAUUGUCGAUGUCGAAAUAGACGGUGUAAUACACCAAGUGUAUGUGGCAAAGAGGCCCUACGUCGACGAGUUUUUACAAAAGAUGGGACAGCUUUAUGAAUGCAUCCUCUUUACCGCAUCCUUGGCAAAAUACGCAGAUCCCGUAGCUGACCUUCUCGAUAAAUGGGGAGUGUUUCGAUCCAGAUUAUUUCGUGACGCGUGUGUGUUUCAUCGUGGUAAUUAUGUUAAGGAUUUGAACAAAUUAGGAAGAAGUUUACAACGGGUAAUAAUUGUGGAUAAUUCGCCAGCAAGUUAUAUAUUUCACCCGGAUAACGCAGUCCCUGUGGCAAGUUGGUUUGACGAUAGUUCAGACACCGAAUUACUAUACCUCAUCCCAUUUUUCGAAAGGCUGAGUUCUGUCGAAAAUGUCUAUACUGUACUACGCAACUCGAACCAUCCGUUCAAUAAUACAUUAAAAGAUAUACCUGUAAAUAAGGAAACAGACGACGAUUCUAGAUCAGAUAACUCUAAGCAGUUUGAUGAUAAGUCAUAGUGCUUACUCCAGGCCUAUGGUCCAAUUGUGGGAGUAUUAGCUUUGCAAAAAAGUGACCUUAAACGUUUCAAUUAAAUAGAUCUUUAGCUGUGUGUGAACGUAUUAAUGUCCAUUUUCGAACUUUUGUAUGUCUCACGAAACCGAGUAAUAAAACCACCGCUCUACGUUUUAAACUUUACAGAAAUCUUGAUGCUGUGAUGUUUACCUAUUAUUUCUAAUCUUAGGAUUUGGCAGCUUUGAAUUACGUCAGCUACAUACGUAUGAUAUUAAAUUAUAUAAGAUUUUUUCAUAGAAAGAAAUGCAAGUUUUCCAUUUAUCUUAAUUAAAAAUAAAACCUGGUAAACUCGGCGUUAGAUCCAAAUUUGUGCACGUUUAUUUUACCUUUAAAUCAAUUUGUUUUGUUCCAACUACAACAACUAAAAUGAGAUGAAUGCAAGUAAAAGUUUGUAAUCACAGAGCCCUGUAUAUCCGUCACUACUACUAACAAUAAGUAGACAAAAAAAUUGGGUUUAGCUAUCAUUUAAGCAAUAUUUUAAAAAUACUGACUUAUGUAUGCUGCUCAAAUUCCGUGUAAUCAUAUUAUUGAUCAACUUAUUAUACUCUCACUUUUUGUUUUAAAUGUUUUUCUGUAGACACUUGACAAUAAUAUAGAAAUGAACAUGCGAUCGCG